AGAUGGACAGGACUUUUCUGCUUGUCUUGUGUCUAGUGACACUGUCUAAUGUACAGCUGGGACAGUCUCAAUGUGAUGUUGUGAGGAUUGCUGCAGCUGUGUAUGAAGUUGUAGGACCAGCUUUGGAGACUAUUGAGAAAGACAUGAAGAAUAUGAAGUCUGACAUGGCAAGCCUCAGCCAACAGGUUGAGAACUUGACAAACAGACUGAGUUCUCUGAACUGAAUCAAUGAGAGAUGAUUUCAGUGGUGUUGAGAGAGGGUUAAGUCUAGCACAGCCAACAUGAUAUGUGACAAGAUCAAAGAUCUUCCUGUUUACACAUGUGGAGGUACUGGAGGUUGGAGACGUGCAGUCUACCUGGAUAUGACAGACCCCAACACCAACUGUCCCUCUGGCUGGCAGCUCACUGGAUACUCCAAG